AUGAAGAUAAACCCAAACACAAUACAGCCAAUUGAAGGAAAGCCCCAUGGUAAUGGAACCAUUUUCGGAAAAGAAAGAGGUCACACCACCCAGAGAAUCAUUUCUAGAUCAGAGCACAAAAGGCUAAUUAGACAAAACCCAUCCGAGUUCGCAAAGAUCGCCAUGGAGAAGACCGCCUUAGCCAAGAACAUUGCAAAGGAAAUAUGCGGAUUAGCACCAUACGAAAAGAAGGCCAUAGAUUUUGGAAGACGAGGAGAAGAAAAGAAGAUGAGAAAAUUCUUGAAGAAGAGACUUGGAAGUUUAAAGGGCGCAAAGGCCAGACAGGAGAGAUUAUUAUCUGAAAUGAGACAUAUGAAUUAA